AUGUAUCUGGAUAAGCAGGAGACUACUGGGGGGUUCAUGACAAGUCGGAGGAGGCAGAAGGCCGCGGCUGAUAUAGCUAGGGAGAGGGACAAUCGGAGGUUGAAAGGGAUGCCUGUCCGGGACUUCGGCUCGAUGAAUGCAAGCGAUCUUUGCGGGGCGUUUUCAGCAGCAGCACGGAACAAAGUUGCUGACAAGAAGAUUUGGAAAUCUCUUCAGAAUCGGGCGCUGUUUUUGAUGGGUAUAAUGGCGCCGGCCAACGUGGCAGUUGUGAUGAAUUCGCUAGCGCGAGCUCAACUGGAAGAUUUCAACGUCGAUCUGAUCGCCGCUGUGACAGAGAAAGUCGUCGAGCAAAGGGAAGCCUUCCAGUGGAACGAUCUUGGGCUGUUGGUGAAUGCAUAUGCAAGGCUCCAACUCGGGAAGGAUGAUUUCUUUAAAGUGUGCAGCGAUAUAGUGAUAAAGUGUCGAGGGAGUGGUAUGAACGAGAAGGAUAUUGCACGGUUCGUCAACGCGUAUGCUAAGAUGGGCAUUCGAGAUGACAAGCUCUUUGCAGUGCUCGGAGGGCGCAUCUUGGAGUGUGAAUCGACCUUCACCGAGUUGUCGUUGUCCAACAUAGCCAACGGUUACGCCAAGUUGGACAUCCGAGAUCUCGACGUGUACGUCACCGAGGGGUGGUUGUAUACCUAG